AGUGAAAGGAAGCGUUAAGCGUAUUAAUAAUGAGAUUGUUGGACCAGUGUGCAGGCUGCAGAAGAGGACGAACAUGAUCUUGUCGGUUGUUUAGUGGAGUAAGUCUUACUUUCAUCAAUGUCUUAUGGCAACUCCCUCAUCACUCUAACUUUACCUACCAAACUCUCUUUCUUUUGUGCUUUCUUGGGUUGGAUGCCUCUUAAGGAGACACAAGAAAAUCUUCUCUCAUUCAAUUAUUUUUCUUUCUUCUACCCCUUACUCUAAAUCCUCCUCAUUUUCUUUAAUUUACAACCAAUGACCUUCAAAGUCUAGUUUUACCCCGUGUUGACCGUCUGUCUCAAUUUUCUUGAAAUUAUUACUCCCUACUACUAGCUAGCUCAGCACCAAGAUCAUUGGGUCAAUUCUUUGUCCAUUUAUCAGCCUCUUUAAUAGUACAUACAGUGGAUUUAGCACUAAAAAUAUCACACUCAAUUGAUUAGUCCUCCAACUAUGAUACAUCACUGUGUUACCUACAAGAUAUUUUUUUUUGUAACUUCGGAUAGAUUACCAGAAGGUGAAAGUUUAAGAUCAGACAGUCAUUUCAGAUAGCAAAAUUAGGAUUUAUGGAACACAGAGGCCAAGAAAAGGAUAUGAGCUUGCCUAAUCCCAAUCCUAUGAGUUAUAACCCAUCUCAACUUAACCAGCAAGAAUCAUCUUCCUCUGCAGCAAACAAAUUCGCUACUGCUCCUAUAGCUUCAAAUAUACCAAAUAGAACAGCAAAUGAACAAAGUAUCCAUGAAAAUACCAUUUUUAGCCCUAACCAAACCCUAGAUCAGCAUAAUCUUACUCAAAAUUCAGAUCCAGAUCCAGUUCGACAACUAUCUACUAGUUCAGCAAGUGAGAGGAAUAUUACCCCCGUCCGGUACAAAGAAUGUCUCAAAAAUCAUGCUGCAAAUAUGGGAGGAUAUGUACGAGACGGUUGCGGAGAAUUCAUGCCAAGCGGAGAAGAAGAGACACCGGAAUACCUGAAAUGUGCAGCUUGUGAUUGUCAUCGCAAUUUUCAUAGGAAAGAGACUGAGGACGAAUCACAAACACCUGGUGUGCAUAGAAAUAACCACCGUAUAACCAACCAAACUCCGCCUUCACUUCCAGCUGUGCCUACGCAGCAACAACACCAUCAUAAAUACUCACACAGCUAUCCAAGAGGUCACAUGGCACCAGUAAUGAUGAGUUUCGGUGGGAACACGGGAGUUGCAGCUGAAUCAUCAAGUGAAGAUCUGAAUAUGUUUCACGGAGGACAAGGGAUAAUUCAGCCUUGUAAUUUUUCGGCGUCGAAGAAGAGAUUUCGAACGAAAUUCAGUCAACAACAGAAAGAUAGAAUGCUAGAGUUCGCUGAGAAACUCGGAUGGAGAAUUCAGAAACAAGAUGAACAAGAAGUGCAUCAGUUUUGUAAUGAAGUGGGUGUGAAGAGACAAGUGUUCAAAGUGUGGAUGCACAACAGCAAACAAGCAACCAAGAAGAAACAAACUUAAACAGGCAAGACUACAAAAUCC